CAAAUAAUAAAUUAAAAAUCAAAUGAAAUUUAAAAAAAAAGAAAAAGGAAUAAAACUCGCAUGUGCGUGUGUGUGAAAUAUGUGGUUUAAAAAAUGCCCCCUAUUAAAGCGAAAAGUGUGAAGAGAUAUUUUUGAAAGAUCUUGUGCGAAAAGUUGAGGAUCUUCCAAGUAUAUAACUAGUGUCAUACAUUUUGAGUGAAUCCCCUUCUAUACUGACCCCCAACAAGCAUGGAUGCCACACAGCUGACGGAACUGAUGAGUAGCCAUGACUUUAUGCAGCUCCAGCAGCAGUUGCACCACAACAACAACAACUACAACACAGAUGGACACAAUGGCUUGUCGCCAGAGUCGGCGGAGAGGAGUUCCCGUCCCAUAAGACGUGCCACAAGACGCACCUCACAGUUAAGCAAUAAUACGUACGAUCUGGAGAUGACAGAUUCCAGUUCGCAGAGCGAUGAUACGAGCGGUGGGGGCGGCAGCAGCAAUGGAGGUGGCAGCAGCACGAACAAUCCGCAGGGCCAUUCCCAGGGAAAUCAACGGCCCUCGAGUCGGGGCCGUGGGCAGCAGAGCAACGGCGGCUGUCCGUCGAGCCUCACUCCGAACAGUGCCAAUUCCAGUUCUUCGAACUCAAAUGCCAAUCGGAGGCGCAAGGGAGCGCUGAAUGCCAAGGAGCGGAAUCUCAGGCGUUUGGAGUCCAACGAAAGGGAGCGCAUGCGAAUGCACAGCCUGAACGAUGCGUUUCAGUCGCUGCGCGAGGUCAUUCCACACGUGGAGAUGGAGCGGCGGCUGUCAAAGAUCGAGACUCUGACGCUGGCCAAGAACUACAUCAUCAAUCUGACGCACAUCAUACUCUCGAAGCGGAACGAGGAAGCGGCUGCAAUGGAGCUGAAUGGCGGCGCCGUUGGCGGUGUUCUUCUAUCCAGCCUCACGGCGGAUGCCAGUGGCGGCACGAAUGGAGCAUCGGCCAAUGCCACGGCUGCACUCUGCUUUGAGGAUGCUCUGGCCAAUGGUGGGGCCUACGAUUGCGCUCUGUUGGCCGCCGCCGAUGGCACUCUGCUGAAUGCAGCCGCCGUUUCGGCCAAUCCUGUGAUGCAGAGUCUCCAGCCCCAGGCGAUGCAUAUGCAGCAGACGCAGUUGGAGCCCACAUCCCAUCAUCCACAGCAGCAGCAGCAGCAUCACCAUCAACAGCAGCAGCAGCAGCAACAGCAGCAGGCGAUGCAUAGUCAUGGCCACAUGGGAGCCACAAUGAUGCUCACCCAACAGCAGCAACAGCAGCAGGCCCAACAGCAGCCGACCCUCAUCCUCAAUGGCUCCACAACAGUGAAUGUGGGAGUUGGCGUCGGAGUCGGCGUAGGAGUCGGUGUGGGGGUCGGGGUAAAUGUCGGAGUGGGCGUUGGGGUUGUUUCCGGCGUGGGUGUCGGUGUGGGCAAUAAUUCCGGAAGCUUUGCGGAUGUUAAUGAUAAUUUCGAUGAGCCAUUUCGAGAGUUUCUCUAAAGAAAAGGAUGACUAAGGGGCUAUAUGGAUGGUAAAAAUAGAAUUUAUAGACUAUAGAGGGCGGUGAAAACCCAAAGAAUUUGUUUUUCAUGAGAGGAAUGUAGCUUAAGAAAUUAAAUUAUUCAAACGUAAACGAUAUUUUGCCAUAGAAAUAUUCAAAUUAAGAUGUUGGCAGAAUCCCUCAUUUCUGAAUAAGGCAGAAAAAUUAGGAAGAACAACUGUACUUACACUUCGUUCCAUUUCAUCAUUCCUAAAUUCUCAUCUAUUGAGAAAUCUCCCAUCUAUCUAGAAUUUCCCUUAAUCUCCAGCUAAGAUUUUUUGGAUUCUUGAUGUAGUAAAAAUAUUCGAAUCUUUCAAGCCCAACUGUCCUUAACUACUCCCUUUCCAUUUUCAUAUGUUCCUCCAUCUAUUAAGCAUUUCUCUUUAAGCAGAACUGUACUUUAUCUCCGUUUCAUUCCACCAUUCCAAAGUCCAUCAAUCCCACAAGUUAGUUCUUUAAAAAAUAAUUAUCGAAAUGGCAAAAAAAACUUGAACUCAUCCUGAAAUAUCAGCAAAUUAUAUAAGAAUUAAGAAUUAAUAUACGUAUAUAGAAAUUAAGUACAAAAUUACGCAUAACGAUAUAUGGAAUAUAAAAACCCUUUACAUACCAAAAACAAAAGCUAAGCCUUAGAUUGUAAUAUAAUCAACACAAAUAGAGUCAAAAUAGAGUCACAAUAUAAAUAUGCAAUUAAUCCAACGUUGUUAUAAAAUAAGGAUCGUAAGGAUAGUAGAUCAUUUAGAAAUACUGUAAUAUGUAUAUAUAGAAAUUAAGCAAAAACGGACGGAAGCAAACACCAGAUACAGAAUACAGAUGAAAGGAAGUCAAACUCUCAACGAGUUUCGGCUAUAUAUGUAUAUACACAACACAUAUAUUAUUGUGUUUGUAUGUGUAAUUGUCAGCAAUAGCAACAAAAACAAAGCAUCAAUUAACGUUAACUAACAGCCCUGGCGCGACAACGGAACGAUAGAGACGACAACGACAACGACAACGACGACGGCAGAGUGACGCGCCAAUAAGUUAAUUUACCACCCAUGAUCUUUUUAAUGCACUUGAAAUUUAUCGUACUACGGAUGUAAUGGUUCCCGGAGCAGGGUAACAAAACAAUUAACACACCGAAACGUUGAAUGGCACAUUGAAAUUGGCACACUUCCGAUGGUACUCCCCUGUACACCCAGGACUUGCGGGUGGAACGUGUGCCAGAGCGGGACAACUCUGUAUAUCAACGUGGUGACGGUAAACAGUAAUAAAAUAACGGUGCUCGAUGGGUGGCAUGAUACGGAGAGGGUGUGGGCUGUGUGCAUGUGGGAUGGAUGCUUGGGUCUUAGCAAUAAUUAAGUGAAAAAUAGUAGUUAGGGUGAGAGACGCCUCGUUCUCUCGUGGGUGUGAAAGUUAAGCUUGUUGAUUAUGUUUGAUUAGUCGAGGAUUUAGUAUUUUGGGUUAGUCGGUAAGCAUACAUACAAACAUACAUCUAUUUCUAGUGCUAGUAGGUGGAACGUGGAAGAAACUCUAGAAGGGGAUCGGGAAUGGGCCAUAGAGCAAUAUGUAAUUCGUAUUCGGUUAGGAGGAGGAGCGGGGUGGGGUUUCUACAACGAAAUUUGUUUGUGGACGAGUGUCAAAUCUAGUCAAAUUCUGUUGCACAAAUUAAAUACAAAUAUAUAUUUGGAAAAAAACUGCAAUAUAGAUGUUUAGUAAGUAUUGUAAAUGUUUUCCGCCCCCACUUACACACACACACACAAAUGCACACACUAAAUCAAGUCUAUUAUAUAUCUACAUAUGUAUAUUUAAACAACCACAAAAACAAUGAGCAAAUAUUUAUGUAACAAAAUACUAAAAGAAAACAGCAUAUUACUCGUAUUGUAUAUACAGUUUAGGAAUGGUCUAAGAACGAUGAGCAUUUGGUGUGUACAAGUAAAGGAAGAUCGAUAUGGAUAGUGUCCCUAUUGAAUACAGUGUAAAAAUAUGUAGUGUAGUGGAUGCUGUUCUAUACGACUAACUAGUAUACUUAGAUGCCAAGCAAAGUUGAUUGAAUAAAGCAAACAAAUAAAUACAUAAAAAUGUGAGGUUUUUUAAUGCAAUUUCCACGAUCUGCCCUGGAAAUUUGAAGAAAUUCUUACAAAGACUGGGUUCUGAACCGAUUUAUCUUAUUCCAUUUAAAUACAUAU